UUAUGUCGGCCUGUUUAUGUAGAUCCCUACUAUAAAACAUCUAUAAAACUUUUAAAUUGAUAGAUGUACAUUUCUGCUGUUAGCUGUAUAUGGGAGUAUGAAGGUACUGAUGGGGUGUCAGAGUAGCUGCGGCUGUGAUUGUGAAGAAUUGUUGAGCUCAAAGGAAUUUAGUUUUAUUAGCUACAAUUAAGAUUUUGGUCAUUUAAAAAUGCUAUUGGAAACAUAUUUUUUAAAAGUUUGAUAUUUUUAAGGUACUACAGUUGUGUAAGUAGUGAUUUAAGUAUAAUACUAAUGAAUGUAUCGUGUAUCUUAUCCCUGGCUAUUAUUAGGAAUGAUAAAAUGUACCUGUAGCACCAAAGAUUUGUGGGGAUGGGUUGUUAUAGAAGGGUGAACUGAGUAACUUGUUGCAGGGUUUAUUUUACUCACACUAAUGGCACAAUCUAAGAUUACAGGAGUUUCAUUAGCUAUUAAAAGUCGUAAAUACAGUGUAUAGCUCUUUAAUUUAUAUUUCCAAAUGUUUAAGAGUUUAUGACUAGGGAUGAAUUACCAAUAAGUCUAAAUUUGAUUUGUUGUACCAAUGACUUAUUGGUACUAAGGUGAAGCUGCAAGUUUGUUUGUCUGAGUGGUGAUGAUCUAUACAUGUUUGAUCAUUGAGUUUUAGAGUGUGUUGUUCUGGUUUCUAUGUAAAAUCAUGUUUUUUGCUGUUUUUUGUGACUAAAGAUAAGCUUUAUUUAUUUUAUCACUUAAUUCCCGUUCUUGUUGUAUAAUCACAUCUGGCAUAGCAAUAAUAUUAUUAAUUACAUUCAAGAAAAACAAACACAUUCACAAACAUGGGUUAUUGUAUUGUUGGUAUUUCACUGUUCCCUCUAAACAUUGCUUUAGACUUUUGUCAAGGUCAAGAUACUGAAUUAUAGAUUUUUUUUGCUUUGCUUUUUUUCCUUCACAGCCCAUACCAUGGCGCUUCCAGCAGAUGGAUCCCCAGCGUUGGAGGGACUUCCAGACAAUGGUAAGGAACACGGUAAGUUGUGUUUACAUGAAGCCGACACACCAUCAAAACUUAGUUUUGAUAGCGUGCUUCCUUCCAGUUUUAUACUUGGAUCUGGACUUGACAAACAGGAAGAGCCAAUUUUGCAUCCAGAGGACUCCAGACCUAUCGGUGCCCUACAACAUCAUCAGGUAGGUUUGAAAGAGGACGCGGCUUCUUUGACUUCUGGCCACGCCAGGAGCACUACACAGAAGGCGGAUUCUGCGAAGGAGGACGACCCACCAUAUAAGAUUAGUUUUGGUACCGUGCUUCCUUCCACCUUUAAAUUCACAUCUGAACUUGACAAAAAGCAAGAGCCCGAUAUGCAUCCUAUCAGUAUCUCGCCACAGCCUAUGGCAGUUUGGAAAACUUUAGUGGAGUCUUUGCCUUUUGACCUCAUCACAAGAACUACAAAGAAGGUGAAUGCUGAGAAGGAGGAUGACCCAUCAUCAAAGCCUAGUCAUCAGGUAGGUUUGAAAGAGGACGCGGCUCAUGAGACAUCUGUGACUGGCAUUAAUGGAAAGAGGACAAAGGACAGUGAUGCUGAAGAGCAGCCCCCAGCCAAGAGGACCAGGGACACUGUUGCUAAAGCGGACCCCCCUGCCAAGAGGACUAAGAUCUCUCUUCCUCCAAGGGGUGACCUUUUCGCCAAGUUCCGCCCUGGCGCAGAGGACCCCGCCAAGAGGACCAACCAUAGCGAUGAGGUCUUUAAAAUCAUCCUUGAUCGGGUGGCAUGGAGAUGUGAAAAAGAAUGGGGGGACAAGGCCCAUCCAUCAAGCUCUCUUUUCUAUCCCCACUGUAGGAGGAAAUUUGAAGAACCCAUUCAGGUUCUCCCUGUCCUCAGUCUCUCACCAAGGAUGUCGUGUGAGGAUCCUUUUCUCUCAUCCCCUGACUCCAGUCCCUUGCCUUUGACGCAUUGUGAAGAUCCCAUUUUGUCACCCCGUGUUUUCAGUCCCCCACCACAGAUGCCAUGUGAGAAUCCCACUCUGUCACACAUAGAAGAGGAACAGAUACCUUCAACAUCUGGUGGAAUUACAGCAAGAGGGAGUUCCAGACACAAGUGGUUUAGACCUAACUACGCCUUGUCAAGUGACUCCAAUUAGAUUGGGAUCUGUAAAAAACUGAUGACCUAUUUGGGAAGUCACAUUAGGACAUCAUCAUUUCUGUUGUUUUUUACUAAAGCCAAUGGCUUUCUAUCAAGCUUGUGGAAACCUUAGGUAGCGCCUUGCACCGGGGUUUUUCUUUAUUCCAAAUCUGGAUUUAGCAUUUUUCAUGUUAAGGAUUCUGGAAAAACUGAAGAAACCUUAAGUAGCGCCUUGCACCGGGUUUUCUUCAUCUUUGUCUUUUCCUCUCAACUUCCCCAUGUUUCAUAGUGUAAUAGUGGCUCUUCCCCACACAGUGCUCUCUGCCAUAGUAAAUUAUUCUAUCCUGUUCCCCCACUAAUCCACUCUCCCAAGUUUUCAAUCUUUCAGGUUUUAGCUGUUCAUUGCUGGAUCCUUUCGCCGUUGUCCAUGUGGUUCCUGUGCUUCUGGACCUCUUGUUUUUCACACUGCUUGUUGGAUAUCCUCCGCCUGUAAACCUCCACCUUCAGCACCACCAGUGAGAUGGAGGACAUAAGAGAACCCUGUUGACCAAAAAAGUAAGAAAACUUAUUUUCAUUUUAAAUAUGGAUGAAAUUGAGGUCAAAUUGUUCUUCUUUCUGUCCAAAUAUAUUCUGUUUGUUAACCCCAUUGUCUUUUCUCUUUAUUUCAUUUCUCCGUCAACUCAUGUCACAUGACAUGAGUUGACCAACAAUUAAAGAAGAAGACCAGCUCCAUCUGCUGAUCUACUGGUCGUAACAGAUUGUGGAAAAGCAUCACUCAGACAAGACAACAACAGUGGGCCAAUCAGGAGAGCGAAGACACAGAGGACUGAGGACUAAAACAAAUAAACAAAGGCUGCCAAAAAAAAGCAGGCGAUCCAGUGGCCCCAGGUUUACACACCAUCUGUUAGUACUAAAUUCAUUUUUUACAACCUGAACUUUUCAGCCAUUUUAUAGUUGAGCUUAUUUUCUUAAUUAUUCAAGAAUCUUGGUUUUCAUUCCUGUUAGAUCAUAAAAGCGAAAAAUAAGCAGAUUUUAAUGUCCAAAAAGUUUAUUUACAGUGAGCAAUGAUCAAACACUUUCAUACAUACAGUGCAGUAAACUCUCAGCUGUUUUGUUAUUUUAUUUGCACUUUGUUUGUGACCCCUGAGGUGGAUGCAGACACUGUGAGGGUGAGUUCUUGAGAUUUAAACAGUUUGACCUCCUAAUGCCUGUCUGUGCACUUCCAUGAUUUUUACUGGGACAUAUGUAUUUGUUUGCUUCAAAUGUUUUGUUCCUUGUAUUUUUUGUGCAUAGAUUCCUAAAUUAGAGCCCUGACAAUUGAACGAUCCAAAGCGUUUGUGUCUUUGGGAGCAGGUGGAGUGUGUCGUUUUCCAGAAGAGUGAUGUGUGUGUGGGCAGGAACUACAGUGACUUUACUCCUCAGGUCACACUGAGAGGCGCCUUAUGUGGUUCCGUGUUUCUGGGAGUUUGCUCACCACACCAACCAGAUCAGCCCGCCGUACCGCGGGCGCACACUCUACACCGGGGGAAGCUACUCCAGCUGCUCAGUUCAGAUUCAGGGUGUGAAGCUGGGCGAUGCGGGCCAGCAUCACUUCAGGUUUGAGACAAACCAACCGCUGGGGAGAUGGACCUCACCUGACACCAUUACUCUGGAUGUAGCAGCUCGACUCUGCUGUCUAAACAUCAAUGACUCUGGAAGUGGACAGCGAGGUUUCUGGUGCCUGGCUGGAGACGAGAUUCUGAUUCUUUAAGUGCCAAAACAAAAUAUCAGAAUAAAUAGUUAGAAGGUAGAUUUGUUUUCUCUUCAUAAUUGUUUUCAUUAUUGAUGGUCCACGACACAAAAUCCAUCAGUGCUGUAACUAUGAGUUUAAUAAAAUGUUCUUCUUUCAAUCUCUUA